AUGUCCAGUGUGUCGUCAGCCACAUCCAGCGUGUCGUCAGCCGCUACCAGCUCCAGCUCCGCGACAGACGUGUCGUCCACCACCUCGGGCGCAACCUUUGUCGGCAACAUGCCGUCCACGGUGCUCUUUUUUCUCGCCAUGGCCGUGGGCGUGUCCAUCGCCCUCGUCUUCACUUUCUUCACGGCCCGGUACUUCAUCCGGGGCAAGUACGGGCUCCACCUCCACUCGUCCACCAGCCGGGGAGUGAUGUUCCUGCCGCGUGCAGGCAGCCCCCACGUGCUGGUGCCAUACACGGACCGCGAGAUCCAGCAACACUUGGAGUACCUCCGCAACCACCAUCUUCUCCGCGACGACUUCUUGGAGCGGCGCAUCUUGUCCAGCCGCGGCCGCCGCCGCCGAAGAAGAAGAGGCCGCUUUGCCAAGAUGAAGAAGCUCACGCCCGAGGAGGUGCAGGAGUUGUUUCCCAAGUGCAUCUAUGCCGACUGGCUCGGCACGGGCGACGACGCCACGUCCGUCUCGUCGCCGGACUUCACCGAGGCCUCCUCGGCCAUGCCGGCGGCCGCCAAAGCCGUCAGCAUAACCGAGGAAGAAGACGCCGGCCCGGACCCGGUCGUCGUGGAGCUUGCGCCGCCGGCCCCCCACGAGCUGGACUCCUCGUCGCUGAAUGCGCUGCUGAAAGGCAAAACCGAGUUGCACUUCGACUCGGGCUCCUGCUCCAUCUGUCUCGAGGUAUACGAGCUGGACGACGUGGUGCGGGGGCUCAUCUGCGGACAUGUCUACCAUGCCGACUGCGUGGAUCCGUGGUUGACCCGGCGCCGCGCUUGUUGCCCCAUCUGCAAGCGAGACUAUUACAAGGAGGAGGGAGCCACCACUGGGACGGGGCCCGCCACUAUCGAAGAGGAGGGGCUCAGCGGGACGGGCGAGGCUGGCCCGGGCGAAGACAAUGCCAACGGCGGCGACCAUGCGCAUGCCCAGCCCCAGAACACCCAGCCUCAGAACACCCAGAACACCCAGCCUCAGAACACCCAGAACGACGACGAUACUAAUCCUUUGCGAGACCUCGACCUCGACGUCAUCCGCACAGACCCAAACAUCCAGGCCCUCUUCAACGAGCUCGUUCCCCUCUCCGAAAGAGUGCGCGUUCUCUUGGACGAAUUCCCCGAGCUCGACAUGGAGGCCAGGGCCAAACGCGUCGCCAAAAAGAGAUACGGGAACGUGUUCAAGGUCUUCUUCUGGAAGUUGAUGGGCAUCUCCAAGAGAGACUUGUACAACUGGGCUGUGAUCAAGAUCUACCAAGAGGAGCGGGCUUCUCUGGACACUGCAAACACCAACAGCGACAGGCCUCAAGAUGGACCGAGGCCCCCGACUACAGGCGUUCAAGCGCCUGGGCCCGGAGCCGGUGCGGAGGGCAGCACGCCAGAACUAGCCUCGGGCGAUGCCGUGGAAAUGAGAGAGCUCAGGCCGCAGGACGCCUCUUCGACCCACGAGAAUCGCGAGGCCCUGGAAGACGCCGCCGCCAGACGCGAGUCUGUCGAAGACAGGGUUUAG